AUGCUCAUGGAUCGCCAUCUCAUUGAUCUGAACGCAGAGAUCCAUAAAUAUCUGUCAAAAGAUUUCUAUCCCUUCAAGACAUUCAACGGAUCGGCAGUUAAUAUAACCGUUCGGGAAGUCAUGUCUCAUACGGCAGGCCUUCAUAUGACUGAUUGGCCCGAAGAUUUUGACAAAUACCUGAUAAGACGUGCAGACAAUGUGAGCCAAACUAUUAAACCAUUCAAAGAUGAAGCCUUACUAUCAAAACCGGGAACUGAAUUCAGUUAUUCAAACUAUGGUUUCCAAAUGGCAAAGUACGAUACAAUAGAUGAUGUGAUAAAAGAUGCCCGGGUACAAAUGAAAGCAUUUAUGGAUUUUAAUCAAAUACCCGGAGCUGUGAUGGCAUUCAGUAUAAACGGCACGAAUGUAUGGACGGAAGGCUUCGGUUAUACGGAUAUCGAGAAUAAUGUCUCAACACAUAAGGACUCCGUUUGGCAGUUGGAUUCAAAUAAAAAGUACGACUCUAUCGAUGACGUGAUAAAAGAUGCCCGGGUACAAAUGAAUGCAUUUAUGUCCGCCAAACAAAUACCCGGAGCUGUUAUGGCAUUCAGUAUAAACGGCACGAACGUAUGGACGGAAGGCUUCGGUUAUACGGAUAUCGAGAAUAAUGUCUCAACACAUAAGGACUCCGUUUGGCGUUUGGCAUCAAUUAGCAAACCAUUGACUUCAGCACUGGUCGGGCAGCUCAUGGAUCGCCAUCUCAUUGAUCUGAACGCAGAGAUCCAUAAAUAUCUGUCAAAAGAUUUCUAUCCCUUCAAGACAUUCAACGGAUCGGCAGUUAAUAUAACCGUUCGGGAAGUCAUGUCUCAUUUGGGAUGCCUGCACGUGACAGAGUGGCCUGCUAAGGGUUGGGUAAUUGCACACUUGAACGAUACCGUUCCCUAUCCUUAUAAGACCCUCGUUUGGCACAACGGAGGACUGGACGGCACGUCAACAUUUCUGAUACUAUUCCCCAACGAGAAUAUAGUAGGCCUUGCCUUCGCUAACUUGGGAUCGAUGAAGGCAUUUAUGGCCAAAAACUCAGUUCCCGGGGCUGUUAUGGGGUUCAGUAUAAACGGGACGAAUGUAUGGACGGAAGGCUUCGGUUAUACGGAUAUCGAGAAUAAUGUCUCAACACAUAAGGACUCCGUUUGGCGCUUCGGUUAUACGGAUAUCGAGAAUAAUGUCUCAACACAUAAGGACUCCGUUUGGCGUUUGGCAUCAAUUAGCAAAUCAUUGACUUCAGCACUGGUCGGGCAGCUCAUGGAUCGCCAUCUCAUUGAUCUGAACGCAGAGAUCCAUAAAUAUCUGUCAAAAGAUUUCUAUCCGUUUAAGACAUUCAAGGGAUCGGCAGUUAAUAUAACAGUUCGGGAGAUAUUGUCACAUAUGGCAGGCCUUCAUAUGACUGUACUUCCCGAUGAUUUUGAUAAAUACCUGAUAAGACGUGCAGACAAUGUGAGCCAAACUAUUAAACCAUUCAAAGAUGAAGCCUUACUAUCAAAACCGGGAACUGAAUGGAGUUAUUCUAACUAUGGUUUCCAAAUAACUGGCACUAUCAUUGAGUCCAUACUUCACAACACAUUUGAAAAUGAAAUUAAGAAAAUGUUUACACAAUUAAACAUGAAUUCAACGUUUGUUGAGAGACGGGAAAAGAUAUUCAAACACAGACCACAAUACUAUCAAUUAUCAAACAUAACAUCCGGGACAUUGCAAAAGUCCGAUAUAAUCGAUGAAUUGUUUCAAUACGAGGGUUGGAUGCCUGCGGGAGGUAUAGUAUCCACGGUUGAAGACUUGUUACGUUUUGGAAAUGCUAUGCUAUCCGCAUAUCACGGCAAUAAUCAAAGCUUUAUAGCUCAACUGACUGUUAAGGAGUUGUGGUCACCGGAAACUGUGGGCAAAAUCAAGCCAGAUGUGCUUGGUACAAAUGAUUACGGAAAGGGAUGGUUUAUCACUCAUCUACCGGCGCCAUACCCUUAUAAAGAACUGAUUUGGCACUCGGGUGGACUGUAUGGCACCAGUACUAUUUUGUUCCUGUUCCCCAAUGAAAAUUUAGUUGGGGUUGCAUUUGCUAAUCGGGGAUUUCUAGCGGGUCUGGAUCAAAUGGUGCUGUACGUGGCUCAAAAUUUCAAAGAUUUUAUUUGA